GGCACUAGCGGACGGUCGACCUAACCCCCCGGCAGGCAGGUGGUUCUUUGGGCAGUUAACAACACCAACUGUUGUUGUUCUAGAGGUCCUCUCCCUCGGCGAGGGACUCCGACCGUCGGUGAGAACGCUCCGAGAGUUCAGUUCGCUCGGUGUCAGUGCGGGACCAGGACGGAAAAGUCGGUUAGCUCCUCCGUCGUUGAGUCCUUUCGGAAGGAUCACCGUGAGUGAGUGUGUGUGCGCUUUUGGCUGAGGGUGUUUGGAUUAAUAUUUUAUGAGAAAAUUGAAAAAUUUUGCUCCGGUGGCCGUCCGGGUCCGAUAAAACCAUUAAAUCAGGAGAUUUUCGGGCGAGGAACAGCUGCAGCAAGCUUUCGGUAGGCUUGCAGACCGAGUUGACUCGUGAAGGAUUCAGCUCUUGAGCUGCACCACUUUGGCAUAGUUGGGGAAAAUCCUGGUGGAACACCGCGAAAAAAAGGAAAAAGACCCAGGUGUGUGCGUGUUUGAAGGGGCCAACCAGAGUCCUGAGACAGUGGCAAGAAGAAGACCAAAGUCUCCCACGAAGAAGCUGCUGCUUGGCCACGUGAGGAACGGGAAACCUAAUCAGCUGUCAGACGACGACGACGAUGAAUUCCAAGUCCUCGCAGCAUCCUUGUACCGUGUCGCUUUGUGCAAGUAUUUGUGUUUCGGCGUGAGUGCUUUUCGCUCCCUUUGUUGGUAUUGGUGCGGUAUUGUGCGGAUUUAUUGCCUGUGUGAGUACACAUCCCUUCGUAGGAAAGAAAGCGAAAUAAAAUCGCAAACAAUUACGAGGGAAAGCUUUGCGGGAAAAGUGUGUGAUUUUCUCGUGCUUUCUUUUUCUCCAGAAGAAAGCGGAGGGAUUUCCUUUGGAAAACGGUGGAAAACAACCGAAUUAUAUGUUUGUGUAAAGAAGAAAUUAUCGUGUGUAUUCUAAGUAAAUUUCACAACAAGAAAUACUAAAGUUUAGUGGCGAGACCGUCGGAAUCGUGACCGGUCAUUUGAAGGAAACAAUAUUGUGGCGAUACGCUGGUCUUGGCUGAUUCUCCUUUUGGUGCGGUGCUGAUUACAGCUGUGAACCCCCCGCCAGCUCAAGUUCAUCCAACUGACAUCAAUUAGCACAGCUUUCGCCAAAGAAAUAGCGAAAAAAAGUUCCCAUAAAAACAUAGGAAAAAUAAAACCAACCAACACUUUCUGUUGCAUGCUAAACACCAUUAAAGAAGCAAAAAAAAAACAUAAAAAGAAGCUUGAAGCAUUCCUGACCAUCCAAACGCACCCUUAAAUAGCAAAAAAAAAAGAAUCGCUUUUUGUAAUCGGACAAGAUUUGGGCACGUGCCACGUUUAACGUCCAGCGGCAAAAAGUGGAAAAGCACGCCAAACAACUUAGCUGGGGUGUGAAACCCACUCCCCCAAAUCACUAAUGUGCUGGCUGCGGUAGUGUGCGCGCGUGAAAAAGAGGAAAAUCCGUCGCGGAAAGAAAAGCGAGGAAAAGUGUCUUUUUUUCGGGUACGGGUGAAGGCAAAAGUGCAAACAAUAAGCGGGUCGUAUUAAUGGCUCGAAGCUCCACACCACUUAGUGCGACUCCGACCAGGGGGCAGUAGUUACGGCGGUCAAGUGGUCACCGAGGUUGAUCGAGUGUCACUAAUAUUGGUGGCCUCAAGCACCAACCCCCUGGAAGGCGGGCAGUUUUUCCGGCUCAAGUGUCGAAAAAAGGAAGAGCUUUUUUGUUUCAGUGAGUUUUUGCUUGGUGGUGAUUUUGCUACAAUCUGGAUAAGAUGUAAAUAAAAAAGUAAGAGCUUAUUCAUCGCUUAGAGAGAGAGAAGCAGCACGUCCAGAUUGAUCUGUUUCUUGAGUGGUUCACUUGGUCAGUCUGUUGGGGUCGCACACGUGUCCAGCCAGGAAGUGACGUGUAAUAGAAUCUGUGUAAAGUUCUGUGCGGUGAAUAAAAAAAAGCAUCGUCUGAAAAGCUCAGACAGCAAGGAACCGGAAAAGCUUCAGAGAAGGAAAACCGAAACCACCGCCAGCAAAAUGACGGAGGCGGAUAACUACGAUGAUGAGCUGGUUUCGGCCAAUCCAAAUCAACGCAACUGGCGCGGAAUUUUGAUUGCCCUGCUCGUCAUCAUCUGCGUGCUGGCCCUGAUUGUGACAUCGGUGGUCCUGCUCACCCCACCGGACGAAGGCCCCCGGGUAAAAGGCCAGCGGAUAAAGCUGCAGGAUAUCAUCGACGGAGAGUAUGCUCCCAAAAAGCUCAACGGAAGCUGGAUCGGACCGGACGAAUUCCUGUACCAGAAUCACUGGGGUGAAAUCAGUUUGCUCAACCUGAACAACCUCUCCGAGCGGAUAUUGAUGUCCAAUACGACGCUGAAAACCCUGGCGCCGGCCAAAUUUUCCAUCUCGGCGGACCGGAAGUUCCUGCUGCUGGCGCAGAACGUGAAGAAACUUUUCCGGCACUCCUUUCUGGCACAGUACACCGUCUACGACAUCACCACCAGCGAAACCAUCCAGCUCACCCUGAAGGCGGACGAUGACGAGUGGCCGUUCCUGCUGCACGCCGAGUUCACGCCCCGGGGCCAGUCGAUAGUGCUGGUGCACACGUACGACAUCUACUACAAGCCGUCGGCGCGGGCCACCCAGACGUACCGGCUCACCAAAACCGCCAUCCCGGGCAUCAUCUACAAUGGCGUGCCCGAUUGGCUUUACGAGGAGGAGAUCCUGCAGAGCAACAAGGCGAUCUGGCUGUCCAACGACGGCCACCUGAUGCUGUACGGCAGCUUCAACGAUUCGCAGGUCCAGGAGCAACAGUUCUCCUGGUACGGAAUGGCCAACGGCGAUAUCAAUCUGUACCCGGAGAUUCGAUCGUUGAGAUAUCCCAAGCCCGGAACGAGAAAUCCGACAAUCACGCUGCGAGUCGCCGAUCUGGCGGAUCCCAAGAGCAUACGAACCCGGGAACUGACGCCGCCGCCGAUCCUGCUGAAUCAGGAGCACUACUUCACCAGCGCGGCGUGGGUAUCACAAACCGAGGUCAGUGUCGUCUGGAUGAAUCGGCCCCAGAAUCUGUCCGUCGUAACGCUCUGCAAGAGUCCGAUGUGGUACUGCCAGGAGACCCACCGUAUCAGCGGCGACGGGCGGGGGUGGGUUGACGAGAUGUCGGUGCCGUUCUUCAGCCAAAACGGAAGCUCGUACAUCGCCAUCUCACCGCUGAGGGAUGGAGCUGCAGGCCACUUCCGACAUCUCGUCCACGUGCACAUCGGUAAAAAACGAAUUAUUCCAUUGACACACGGACGCUUCGAGGUGAACAAAAUACUCCACUGGGACCAGACCAACAACUUUGUUUAUUAUCUGGGCAUCCCAGAACACGCGCCCGGUCAGCAGCACCUGUACCGUGCCUCGUCGCUACCCCCAAAGCAGGGCACCUCACCCCGUGCCCCCCGUUGUCUGACCUGUAGUCACCACCACCAGCACGCCCCCGGCAGCCACGCCCACGUGGCCAUGAACCGGGUCUCGAACCGGGUCCAGCAGCAGUGGAACGACGACUGGGAAGACACCGGCGACGAGGAGGAAGACUACAUCGACAUUCCACCCCCGACGGCCCCGCCUUCGUCCCAGAAGAAGAAACGGAACGACGGCGGAGGAUCGGCGGCGGAACCGAAGCCGGAGACGCCGUGCCAGUUCUUCACAGCCAUCUUCGCCCCGAGCAGCAACGAGUUUGUGCUGAUCGAGUGUCUCGGACCGGUUGUACCGUUCAGCGCCAUCUACCGGCUGGUGGUCGACCCUAGCAAGAGCCCAACGCAGGUUCUGUUCUAUCUGCAGAACAACACAGCCCUAGCCGAACGGAUAUCCAAGGUGGCGCUACCGCAGGUCAAGUCCUUCCCGGUAAUGAUUUCCGGCGGGUAUCACGCCCAGGUGCGGCUCUUUUUGCCGCCUGGACUGCGCGAGGACGAGAUCACCCGGUAUCCGAUGAUCGUGCAUGUCUACUCCGGUCCCGGCACCCAGCUGGUGACGGACAAGUGGCGCAUCGACUGGAACACCUACCUGGCCGGUACGAAAGACUACAUCGUGACGCAGAUCGACGGCCGGGGCAGCAGCGGCCAAGGCUAUCAGCUACUGCACGAGGUGUACCGCCGGCUCGGUACGGUCGAAGUGUCCGACCAGCUGGAGGUCGCCGAAUAUCUGCGCGAUAGUCUGCACUUUGUGGACAAACGACGCGUCGGCAUCUGGGGCUGGAGUUACGGCGGCUAUACGGCGGCCCUGGCAAUGGCCAGCCCAUCCACGUUGUUCCAGUGUGGUAUCAGUGUCGCACCCGUCACCAACUGGAAGCUCUACGAUUCGACGUACACGGAGCGGUACAUGGGUCUGCCGAACGUGACCGACAAUUACAAGGGCUACGACGAUAGCGAUUUAUCAAAACACGCUGAAAAGCUGCGUGAUAAGCAGUUUCUUAUGGUCCACGGAACUGCCGACGACAACGUGCACUUCCAGCAGAGCAUGGUCCUGUCGAAGGCGCUGUCCGCCCGGGGUGCGCUCUUCAAGCAGCUGAUUUACCCGGACGAGGGCCACAACCUGGCCGGCGUCAAGAAGCACCUCUACCGAUCGAUGACGAUAUUCUUCGAGGACUGCUUCCGGAAGUUGGUGCCCCAGGACGUGAAGGCGGGUCUCGGCAACGGUGGUUCGAGUGAUUAAUAUUUGCUCGAUUACUUCGGUGUCACCGACUCUGCGUCAAGUUUCAUGUAAAAGUUUCUUACCACUACCAACACUACAUCUUUCCAACGUUACAUUAACAACAGUAGUACACCACAGCAACAACAGCCACAGCUGAUAAUGGUAGGCGAGCGUUUCUUUAGAACACGUGGCAGCGUCCGUAGCUGCCACGUGGGUAGUGUGUUUCUCUAUCCAACGACACUAAACUUACAACACAAGCAGACACACACUUGUCACAUCAACGAUACUGAACAAACUAGUAGCCAACUAUUAUUGAAACAACAAAACAGCUGGGACAAAGCUGGGAAAUUCAAAGUUUGGAAAACUCAACUCGUAGGAAACUUUAGCCGUAAACUUGUAGCCGAUUCAAUUCCGAAGUAAUAGGAUGAAACACAACUCUCAAAGCGUAGAAUUGUAGCAAAAAAACACGACAGUUGAAAUAACAAAACAUGGUUGUGACCCAUUGGAUCUAGGUUGGAGGAAAGCCGGUUCCGAACCAGUCCACCGAAAUCCACCACAGAUGGACACUGUCUCACGGGUGAUUCGUCACAGCAGCACAGUUUACUCAACUGGAAAUUGUACAUAAUAGUUCACGAUGAAACACUGCAGUUGAAAUGUUUUCUUUUCUGAUAAAAUUUGGGUCGAAAAUAGUAUUACUAUUAUUUCAAAUAGCGCUAUGCCUUGCGCAAAGUCUUUGUUUAUGCCGCUUUUGGAAAUGUUAGCAACGGUUUAAAUAGAUUAAAUGAGCAAAUUUUAU